AUGGAGGCCGGGCGCGGCGCCGGGGUGGCCGCGGGCAUGGCGGAGCCGGCGGCGGCGCCGCGGGCUCGCGAGGCCCGGCCGGUGCACCAACGCUUUCUGCGGCGCAGCGUGGUGGAGUCGGACCAGGAGGAGCCGCCGGGCCUGGAGACAGCCGAGGCGCCGGGCGCGCAGCCCCCGCAACCGCUGCAGCGCCGGGUGCUGCUGCUGUGCAAGACGCGCCGCCUCAUCGCCGAGCGCGCCCGGGGCGCCGGCCGCCCCGCGCCCGCAGCGCCGCCCCAUACCCCCGGCGGCCCAGUGCCCCCGGUCUCCGAGGCUGCGGACGCGCAGGGCCCUAGUCCGGUCCCGGACCCCGCCACCGCCCCCGCCGCGCCGGCCCCCGACGGCAGUCCUCCGGAGGAGGCGGCGGCGGCGGCAGAGAGGAAGGAGGAGGCAGGCACCGCCGAGGCGAAGCCGGAUCCGGGGCGCGCUCGGAGAGAGGAGCCUGAGGAAGAGGAGGACGACGAGGACGACCUCAAGGCCGUGGCCACCUCACUGGACGGCCGCUUCCUCAAGUUCGACAUAGAGUUGGGCCGCGGCUCCUUCAAGACGGUCUACAAAGGGCUGGACACGGAGACCUGGGUGGAGGUCGCCUGGUGUGAGCUGCAGGACAGGAAACUCACCAAGCUGGAGCGGCAGCGGUUUAAGGAGGAGGCCGAGAUGCUGAAAGGCCUGCAGCACCCCAACAUUGUGCGAUUCUACGACUUCUGGGAGUCCAGUGCUAAAGGGAAGCGGUGCAUCGUGCUGGUGACAGAACUGAUGACCUCAGGGACGCUGAAGACGUACCUGAAACGGUUCAAGGUGAUGAAGCCCAAAGUCCUCCGCAGCUGGUGCCGGCAGAUCCUGAAAGGCCUGUUGUUUUUGCACACAAGGACGCCUCCCAUCAUCCACCGAGAUCUGAAAUGUGACAAUAUUUUCAUCACCGGGCCAACUGGGUCAGUGAAGAUUGGCGACUUGGGCCUGGCCACCCUCAAAAGAACAUCGUUCGCCAAAAGCGUGAUAGGUACUCCCGAGUUCAUGGCACCCGAGAUGUACGAGGAGCACUACGAUGAGUCUGUGGAUGUCUACGCUUUCGGGAUGUGCAUGCUAGAGAUGGCCACCUCGGAGUACCCCUACUCGGAGUGCCAGAAUGCCGCCCAGAUCUACAGGAAGGUCACCUGUGGUAUCAAGCCAGCCAGCUUUGAGAAAGUGCAUGAUCCUGAGAUCAAGGAGAUUAUUGGGGAGUGUAUCUGUAAAAACAAAGAGGAAAGGUAUGAGAUCAAGGACCUCCUGAGCCAUGCCUUCUUUGCGGAGGACACUGGAGUCCGAGUGGAGCUGGCGGAGGAGGACCACGGCCGCAAGUCCACCAUUGCCCUCCGGCUCUGGGUAGAAGACCCCAAGAAGCUGAAGGGGAAACCCAAGGACAAUGGGGCCAUCGAGUUCACCUUUGAUCUGGAGAAGGAGACGCCGGACGACGUGGCACAGGAAAUGAUUGAAUCAGGAUUCUUCCAUGAGAGUGAUGUGAAGAUCGUGGCGAAAUCGAUCCGGGACCGGGUGGCACUGAUCAAGUGGCGGCGGGAGAGGAUCUGGCCCGCCCUGCAGUCCUCGGAGGUGCAGGCCACCGAGAGCCCCGACAAGACCAGGGGCUCCCAGGUGCCACUGCAGGUCCAGGUGACGUACCACACACAGGGCGGGCGUCCAGAGCCCGAGGAGCCUGAGGCCGACCAGCACUUCUUCCCACCCAAGCUCCCUGCGAGCGCCACGUCCCUUGCAUCGGACAGCACCUUUGACAGCGGCCAGGGCUCCACCGUGUACUCAGACUCCCAGAGCAGCCAGCAAAGCGUGGUGUACAGCUCCCUCCCAGAUGCCCUGCCCUGUGUCUACAGCCCCCCGGUGAGUGAGGGGCCCGGCCUGCCCAGCAGCCUGCCCGCCCUGGGCGCCUACCAGCAGCCCGCCACGCCUCCACCACUGGCCCAGCCAGCACCCCUGCAGCCAGUCCUGGCCCCACAGCCCCUGGGCCCACUUCAGCCGGUGCCCCCGCACCUGCCUCCGUACCUGCCUCCAGCUGCUCAGGUGGUGGCCCCUGCACCACUGAAGCCCCUCCAGAUGCCGCAGGUGCCCUUCCCACCACUUGCUCAAGUUCCAGUUUCUCAGAUGCCUCAGUUUCCCGUCAUCCCUCCUGUCACCCCCCUGGCAGGGGCUGACAGCCUCCCUCCAGCCCUCCCUGACUUACCGGCCGCCAGCCUGCCACCUGUGCCGCCGCCACCUCAGUAUUUCUCUCCGGCCGUAAUUUUGCCAAGCCUCCCCCUUAACCCCCCUACGCCCUUGCCCACCUCUCCAGCCCUGCCUUUGCAGGGGGUCAAGCUGCCCCACGCCCCCCUGACCCCUCUGGCAGUGCCCUGCCGGACCAUUGUGCCAAACGUACCAGGUACCACUACCACCAUACCCCUGCUGACCGUGGCCCCACAGGGCGUGGCCGCCGUGUCCAUCCACCCUGCUGUGGCCCAGCUACCCGCCCAGCUGCCCCCACAGCCCGUCUACCCAGCUGCCUUCUCGCAUGUCGUGCCGAGCGAAGUGCCCCCUUCUCCCCAUCAUGCUCAAAACCUGCAGGUGGUCCCUCAGCAGCUGCAGCCCGCACCACCCCAGACACAGCUGCCCACGCUUCCUCAGCCCCCCCAGCCAAGCAUCCGCCAUCUCUCCGAGCAGGCUGCUCCGGCUGCUGGGGCAGGGACCCAGGUAAUUAAGCCCUGA